AUGGAACUCGUCGCGAAGCUCGAAGACCAGGAACUCCUGCCGUUCGUCGGCUACUGCCGCCUGUUUGUCGUCGACAAUGACGGAUUGCAACGCAAGACAAAGGGCAGCCGCGUCGAGGCUCCUGUCCACAUGAAGGUCGAGAACGGCAAGCGAGUCUUCAGUGCCUACUUCCCGCCCAAAGACCCCGUGACGAUGCUCAAAAUUCAGUCUGACGAGCAAGAAUUCGUCUACGGAAAACUCUGGGCGGGAACAAUUUGCAAACCCGAGGAAAACCCGAACACAAAUCGCCUUCUGUGCGUGAUCCAGGGGCAAAACUGCAAGAGACUGUCAGAAGAGGUCGAUGCUUCGCCAGAGAGCACGUGCAAGUGCAAAGCAUUCAUGCCGCUCCUCCCGGACUGCUAUUCGAAACCCGUCGAAGCUCGGCUGACCACGGCGGAUGAGAAAUUCGUCACAAAGCUGGUCAAGUUGGAAGUCGAGAUCCCUGACGAACUGUACGAGCUAUGGAUGCGCUACUACAAAACACUCAAGAAGGUGGACCAUGAAGACAAGAACGGCGACAAAGACGAGAAGAAAUAA